AUGGCCCCCCGAUACGAUCGUCCUGGGGAAGAUCAAUAUCAGGACUCUGCAAAUGAAGAUCGGAGAAUUGGGACCGAACCUGGUCACAAAACUUCGCAGACGACCAGCAUACACCUCAGUCUGCAACCCGGAGAAACUCUCAGUCCGCAACGCAAGGAAGAGCUCUUCAGCGCAUACUUGAAGCAGCAGCUCCGGCGCCCGCCAUUGGACCCGUGUCCGUGGAUUCUGCAUCUACAGCCGCCGGAUGACGAUCCGGCUGCUGCAAGGGUGAGGCUGCUUGAUGAUCCCAACACGCGACUGGAACAGGUGCCAAGGAUCUUGGAGGAUUGCAUUGCGUUUGCAUCUUCGACGGAAAUGUCAAAAGACUCGUUUCGAAAAUACGUUGCCGAUGCUCAGUUCGGCUCGCGUGCUUUUCGCUGGCUUGGCAAGCACCUUGAUCGCGUCGAUCCGGUCGUGAAUAUACCACUUAUCGGACCACUGGUACAUUGCAUCGUUGCUGAGCGUAGCGAACAGCAGCUUGGGGAUUUGCUGUUCAUGGACUUGGUUCCAGCUUUCGCGUGUAACCGGACCGCUAAGAACUGGACGCGAUGGAGGGGUACUUUCCUUCGAGCCCUGGUGUUGUCGUCCAUUCAUUUGGACUCAUCUGAAUCGAAAGGAUUGAUGAAGGCUGUGAAUCAGUUUCGCUUCGCAAUCAAAGGAUGUCGGGAUUUCGAAGUCACUGGGCGGCCGUUUCACAUCAAUACCUACUCUGCUAUGUCUGAGCUCCAGCGAUAUCUCACGACGCCGGGUUGGUCAGUCGAGACCCCUCACGACUUUUCGUGGUCCAUAGAUUAUCUGCCAAGAGUUAGGAGCAACGUGCAUGAGAAAGCCUUUGUUAAGACACGGCUUACUCUGUAUCAUCCGACAGAAGCGUCGGCUAUGCCCGCGUUUGAAGUCCUCCAGCGAGUGGAUGAGAUGUGGGACGGACCGCUGCUCGAGAGCGCAAAAUCUCACCUGAUUCCAACAUCUCAUCCUAGUGCCGUACGGAUCUUGCAUCUUCUCAUCCAAACCAUGCAGAUCCUGCACCGCCAAGGCGAAUAUUCAAAGGCUCGUUGGGUGCUUGAUUGUGCGUGUCGCAGAGUACCUCGGGUCAUCACAUCCGACCCUAAUCGGCUGUUUCUCCCCAUCAGAUCUCGCGCAAACGACGUAUGGGCCCCUGCAGUCGAGACUCUAUCUGCAGGCCGGAUGCGGAAUGUGGAAGCAGCGGAGAGGAGCGAACAUAGGAACUCGAAGUGGAAAAAAAGGAAUCAUGCUCCAAUCAUCUACUUACGAUAG